AUGGCCGCCACGAUGCCCCCAGGCUACAAGGCCAAGGUUGCCCAGCUUGAGACUUUCACAUUGCCAGCACGUGUCACUGGCAGCAAGGGUGACCGCGCUAUGGGCAAGGCUCUAGUUGACGCCUGGCGUCGUGAUGGUAUUCUUCAAGUCUCUAUGAACGAUAAGCAGCAAGCUAUCUUCAACGAAGCAACAGCGGCCAGCAAGGCUUUUUUCGCCAAGCCUCAUGAAGAAAAGGCUGCGUGCGUAGAUUCACAAAGUUACUCUGGCUACAUCGCUUCCGGCGAGGAGAUUACUGAUGGAAUCGCCGAUUACUCAGAAAUAUUUACUGUCACUAAAGAUUUGGAUAUGGCCGAGCCGCGCGUUCGUGCGAAGUGGCCUUGCCAUGGCCCUUCCCCCUGGCCUGACUACGAGAUGAAGCAACCUAUGACUACGUACAUGGAUUAUCUCGGCGAGAGCGGAGAGAUAUUACUCCAACUCGCAGAACUGGGUCUCGGGGUUCCUGCCGGUUCUCUCACAAACCUGACUGAUGACGGCUGGCACCAUAUGCGCAUCCUCAGAUUCCCCCCUACGCACAACACCAACGGCAAGGGCAAGGAUGGACGUGGUAUUGGCUCCCACACUGACUACGGCUUGUUGGUCAUUGCUGCCCAGGACGACGUUGGUGGGCUCUUCAUUCGCCCCCCCUAUGAUGGAGAGCAUUACGCCAACUGGGAGAAGAGCUCGGCUGGCUUGAAGGAGGAUGAGGAGGGCUGGCAUUACGUGCCCCCCGUUCCCAACGUCUUCACUGUCUUCCCUGGCGAUAUCAUGCAGUAUAUCACCAACUCCUACCUGCCCUCCACCCCUCACAAGGUCGGCCUAAACACCCGCGAUCGCUUUGCCUUUGCCUAUUUCCACGAGCCCAGCUUCCAGGCCGUUACCAAACCUCUGCCAGGCUACGAUGUUGGACAGUCUCCACAAGAGGGUAUUCACUACGGCACGCAUUUCACAAACAUGUUUAUGAGAAACUACCCCAAUAGGAUCACUACCAAGAGGAUGCAUGCCGAGAAUCGUCUUACUCUCUUGCAGAAGGAUGAGCUCCGAACCAUGGGCUCCAAACCCUCUAGUGUGAACAGAGUCACACCAAACGCUGGACAACAGACUCAGCACGCUUUCCUGUAA